CAUUUUUCCUUCCAGCAAGCACACCUGUGAAGCAAAAUCUAUCCUUCACAACUUAAACUAAAAAAAAAUGGUGGUUUCUAAGUUAACAUACGAGGAAUGCAGGCGACGACGGCUAGAAGAAAACAAGAAGAGAAUGGAGGAGCUAAACCUCAACAAGCUUGCUAGUGCUUUGAAGCCUUUGCCAUCACCUAAGUCUUCCCCUGCCAAGCCUAGGGUGGCACGUCAGCCGGUAAGUCUUUCUUCGGCCCCAGUAAGAAGGUCUAGUCGCGUAGCCAGCUUACCUCCUCCAAACUACAAGGAAGGCCCCAUUGAACCUUUGCUGAGACCAAGAAGGUCCUAUCCGAAAAGGGACUUGCUAAAUCGAGUUUAUGCUUCAGAUGAAGUUAGGCAAUAUGCAAUUGAUAGAGCCGAAGAACUUCUCUCUGGUUUAGAUUCUAAAUACCCAAGUUUCAUCAAGCCUAUGCUCCAAUCACAUGUCACUGGAGGAUUUUGGCUUGGUCUUCCAGUUCAUUUCUGCAAAACUUAUCUUCCUCACCAUGAUGAAACAAUAACUCUAAUAGAUGAGGAUAGGAACAAGUCUCCUACCAAAUACCUUGCUGAUAAAACUGGUCUUAGUGGUGGUUGGCGAGGUUUCUCAAUUGAUCAUGAACUAGUUGAUGGGGAUGCAUUGGUGUUUCAACUCAUCAAACCCACAGAAUUUAAGGUGUUCAUAAUUAGAGCAUAUAAAUCAGAAAACAAAGAGGAAGGAGAUGAAGAUUUGGAUGCUUCACACUUGAACAGGAGCUCCAAAAGAGUCAGAGCAAGCACAAGGUAGUCCUCGUUGUUGGGUUAUAGCUGGAAGAACUUAUUUUGAUGCCGUGGAAGCUUCAAGGCAGCACAUCAGAGUUUUUUGGUUCUCUGAGAUGUACAAAUGCCCUGAGAAAAAGGGGUCUUCUUGAGAUUAACUUAGUUUGUAUUAUUGUUCCUGCAUCUCUAGGUCCUGAUUAUGAACAUGAAGAGGACAGAUUUUGAUUGAGAUGUGGUAUUUUGUAACUAAACGGAGUUUUACUUAUAAUG